AUAAGGAUUAGACUGACAAAGGCACGAGCAGGACUCUCUGUAAAGCAGACGACACACAUACAAGAUGGCGGCUCUUCCCGUACUCACUCUCCUCUCUGUACUGACCGUGUGUCUCGGUGACUGUGGCGUGGGUUGGGCUGAGUUUAAUGGAGAAUGUUUGUACUUUAGUCAUGAUAGACACACCUGGGCAGAUGCUGCUGCAAAAUGUCACGGUAUGAACAGAAGUUACCUUGUAACAGUGGACAACCAACAGAAGUCAGAUUAUAUCAAUAUGUUCCUCAGCACAUUACAUCAUUUCCAUCAGUCAACAUACUGGUUUGGUGCCACGGAUUAUAUAAAGGAGGGAGAGUGGCGAUGGAGUGAGACCGGAACCGGAAUAGGAUCAUUUAACCAGUGGGGACCCGGAUAUCCGGAUGGUAACAGAACACAUGACUGUCUUCUUCAGGUGUUUAAUGGUGAUAACUCCAUGUGGAUCGAUUCCAACUGCGCCCGACCCCAUUACUACAUCUGUGAACACGCAGCCCCAUCAUCUGUGAUUGGUUGAUUGUAUAAUCAUAUAUGAAACUGUUUAUGUUCUCAAUAAGCUAAAUAAAAUCACUUACUGGGUCAUUUUAA